UCAGCUGACAGCCAAAAGGAAAGUGCUCGGAUUUGAUAUCCAGGUCUGGCGAAUCCGGGAUAUUAUUUAGGUGUCGGGGCUGGGCUCGGAUACUGUUUCCGUAGUCAUCGAAGCUCGAGGGCAAUUCUCAACGGUCAGUGGCUAUGUAUUCCCCCUGACCGUUGACCAUGCUAGCUGCUUGAGUGGCCUGGGGUAGCAGGCUAGAUGCCACACCCCGAGGUUCUGUUGUUGAACCCUUGACGACACUACAUCCUCCUUGGGUCCAAAAGUCACAAAAGCCGCCAAAGACCACCUCAAGAUUUGGAAGCUGUAUUUCCUUUUGUUGUUAUCCUCUCCUGUCUAUCGUUGACUCCUCAGGCACGUCUCCUUUCUCUCCCUCUCCAAACUUCACACACAACCGAGAUGACGAGGAGAAUAGCAACUCUGGUCCGCCCGACCCAUGGCGGCGAGCGCUGUGAACUUGCCAACCCCACAGCCAUGCCCAAGGCCGCUGGCUUUCUAUGGAAUCAAAAGAUGAUGAUUCAGAUCACCUGCCGUGGUUUUGCGACUGCCCAGUUCAUGCAGCCCGAGCCUGCAAAGUACGCCUAUGCGCCCAAUAUCGAGGCCAAGACCUUCAUGCAACCGGAGCCGAACUACUACGCCCACCAUCCCGGCCGCUUUGUAUACAUCAAGGAUGAGGAGACCGGCCAGCUUUUCUCUGCUCCCUACGAACCCGUCCGCGCCCCACACGACCGCUUUGUCUUCUCCGCCGGCAAGACUGACGUCUUCUGGGUCAUUGAGUCGAUGGGAGUUCGCGUGGAGAUGACCAUGGGCCUCCCCACCCACCAUGUUGCCGAACUCUGGACCAUCAAAGUCAAAAACCUUUCAAGCCGUCCUCGGAAACUCAGUGUGACCCCCUACUUCCCCAUUGGAUACAUGUCGUGGAUGAACCAGUCGGCCGAGUGGAAUCAUGACCUCAACGGAAUUGUUGCCAGCUGUGUCACCCCUUACCAGAAGGCCGCCGACUACUUCAAGAACAAGUAUCUCAAGGACAAGACUUACUUCCUUUGUGAGAUCCCUCCCGACUCCUGGGAAGCCAGUCAGCAAGUCUUCGAAGGUGAGGGUGGUCUUCACAAACCCAGUGCCUUACAAGACAGGAAUCUCAGCGGCAGUGAUGCGCGGUACGAAACUCCCACGGCAGCUGUGCAAUACAAGAUUGCUCUUGACACGGGCGAGCAACAAGAGUACCGGUUCCUCUUUGGCCCCGCCUAUGAUGAAGCUGAGAUCGGAGCCUUGCGGUCCAAGUACCUAAGCAAGGAAGGUUUCGAACAGACUGCAGCUGACUACGCCGCUUACAUGGCCCGUGGGCGCGGAUGUCUCCACGUGGAAACCCCAGAUAAGGAUCUCGACAACUUCAUCAACAACUGGCUGCCCCGACAGGUCUACUACCACGGCGAUGUCAACCGCUUGACCACUGAUCCACAAACUCGCAACUACCUACAGGACAACAUGGGCAUGAACUACAUCAAGCCCGAAGUAACCCGCAGGGCUUUCCUCACAGCCAUUGCCCAGCAAGAAGCUACCGGCGCCAUGCCCGACGGCAUCCUUUUGGUUGAGGGUGCCGAGCUCAAAUACAUUAACCAGGUACCUCACACUGAUCACUGUGUGUGGUUGCCAGUUACACUGGAGGCAUACCUCAACGAGACCGGUGAUUACAGCUUGCUAAAGGAGAAAGUGCCGAGUGCCAACGGCGACGAGUUCACCGUCUUCGAGCGCUUCUGCCGUGCUAUGGACUGGUUGCUCAAGUCUCGUGACCCUCGUGGUCUGAGUUACAUUGCCCAGGGUGACUGGUGUGAUCCCAUGAACAUGGUGGGCUACAAGGGCAAGGGUGUUUCUGGCUGGCUCACUCUAGCCACGGCCUUUUCCCUCAACAUUUGGGCCAAGGUUUGCGAUCAUGAAGGCGAGACCGAUCUCGCCAAGCGCUUCCGUGAGGGUGCCGACGCAUGCAACGCUGCUGCAAACGAGCAUCUUUGGGACGGUGAAUGGUUUGCUCGCGGCAUCACUGACGACAAUGUUGUCUUUGGCAUCAAGGAGGAUAAGGAAGGCCGCAUCUGGUUGAACCCCCAGUCCUGGUCCAUCCUCAGCGGUGCUGCCAGCCCUGAACAGAUUGACAAGAUGUUGCCCCAAAUUGACUCGCAUCUCAACACACCAUAUGGUAUCCAGAUGUUCGGUCCCCCUUACACCAAGAUGCGCGAGGAUGUUGGUCGCGUAACGCAAAAGGCCAUUGGCUCGGCCGAGAACGCCGCUGUGUACAACCACGCUGGAAUCUUCUUCAUACAUAGCCUGUACGAGCUUGGAGCACAGCAAGACCGAGCAUUUACCCUGUUACGGCAAAUGCUCCCUGGUCCUACUGACGCCGACUAUAUUCAACGAGGCCAGCUGCCCAUCUACAUUCCCAACUACUACCGAGGCGCCUGGAAGCAGUUCCCACGCACCGCUGGGCGGUCCAGUCAGUUGUUUAACACCGGUACCAUCUCUUGGGUUUACCGCUGCAUCAUCGAAGGGCUCUGUGGCUUGCGCGGCGAUGGCAAAGGUCUACUCAUCCGGCCACAGUUACCGAGCUCCUGGAACAGCAUGAAGGUCACUCGCGAGUUCCGGGGCGCCACCUUCAAUGUCGACAUUCGUCGUGGCAGUGUCAAGGAGGUCACUGUCAGGAAUGGCGACGAGGUCCUGCCUGCGCCUCACGUCAAGGACAUCGAGCCAGGUCAGACGUACAACCUCACAGUGAUCAUUCCGUAAGUUUGUGGUGUAUAGUCGUCCGAUAUCCUGCGCUGCUGCGACGUUAGAAAAGAAGAUGGAAAAGACACAAGCUGGGCUCUCGGUUGAAGAUCAGUUGGCGUAGCAUUUUGGGUGGCUGUUUGUUUCCAUGUUCGCAUACGGUGCCAUGGGGUUCCCAUUGUGGAAAUGAUCUCUAUGGAUACUCAUUCGGGGAAGCAAGAUCGGUCCAGGCACCAACUUUGUUGGGGUGAUGGUGUUGUUGCUUACUGUUUGUAGCCAGCCCCAUAGCAAUGGUG